AACAAAUUCUGGGCGCAAACAUGUCUCGGGCAACGGCCAAGUCAGUUGCUAUAAUCGGUGCCGGAGCCGCUGGUGCCGCUGCAGCUGCCGCAUUCGACGCAGAAGAUGCUUUCGAUAUCAUUCAGGUGUUUGAGCGCCGUGAAACCCCAGGAGGAACUUGGAUAUACGAUUCAGAUCCGGCGCCACCAAGUCAACUUUUUCCGGGGAAGGACCCGCCAGAGGUUGAUCCCCCGUUGAAAGUACCAUCUAAUCUCCCUGCGGCUGUGGCGCCAUCGGAGCAGACGAGGUUUGACAGGACGCCGAUCUAUGAUGGGCUCACAACAAAUGUCCCAGAGAUCAUCAUGUCGUUGUCGGAUCAGCGGUUUGCGUACGGUCCGUUUGCACCUCACUGGAUACCAAAGCAGUAUAUCCAGAACUACUUCGCGACGCACCGCACCGACCGCUUCCUCGUCCUCAACACUACAGUCGAAGACGUCCUCCGGGACGGCGAACGCUGGAAACUAACUCUGCGUCGCCACGAUGCCGUCCAGAAGGUCGACGUCUGGUGGGUUGAGCACUUCGACGCUCUCAUCAUUGCCAACGGCCACUACUCUGUCCCCUACAUCCCUCAGGUACCCGGCCUCGAAGAAUACAUGCAUGCCUUCCCGUCCCGCAUCACGCACUCGAAAUUCUACCGCUCACCCACCCACCACCCCAACCAUACAAUCCUCAUCAUCGGCAACUCCGCCUCCGGCCACGACAUCACCACGAACCUCGCAGCCUCGGGCCUCGUCUCCCUCCCAGUCCACCAAUCGCGCCGCUCGCGCAGCCGCUGGGACGGCCCCGAGCCCCCCUCCGGCGUAGCCUGGAAACCCACCGUCUCGCGCUACGACCCCGCGACCGGCGCCAUCCACUUCAGCGAUGGCACGAGCCUCACCGACAUCGACGCCGUCAUCUACUGCACGGGCUACAAGCCCUCGUUCCCGUUCUGGAACCCCGCCAACGGGCCCCUCUACGACUACGCGUCCGCCCGCCUGUCCGGCUUCUACGAGCACACGUUCUCGGCCCGCUGGCCGCGUGCCCUGGGCAUAAUCGGGCUCCCCCGCGUCCUCACGUUCCGCUCGUUCGAGUACCAGGCGAUCGCACUCGCGCGCGUGUUCUGCGGCCGCGAGGCGCGUGCGCUGCCCGGCGCGGAGGGCGUGCGGGAGUGGGAAGUGCAGCGCGAGAGGCUGUGUAAGGGGGAGGGAAGGGGGUUCCAUACGCUGCUGUGGGACGGCGGGGAGACGCUGGACUGGUUUGGGGUGUUGUAUGGGAUUGCGGGGUUGCCGAGGCUGGAGGGCGGGGGGAGGGUGCCGCCGGUGUUGUCGAGGGAGGAGAGGUGGGCGUAUGAGAAUGUGAGGAAGUAUCCGGAGCCGGGGAAGGGG